CCUCCUACUAUCUGCGCCGUGCUGGACCCGCAGCCUUUCCCCAGAUCAAUCGCACUUGACCUUUAACGACGAGAGCUACGCCCAAACACCAAGUACAUGUUUUCUCCCACGCUUCGGAUUCUUGUUUGUUUUCGGCACAUUUUCAUCUAUAAAAUGCCAUAUGCUCUGGACCGAGCGGGAGUUGUCGAACUCCCGCGACGCUCCUCGUAGCUCCUCGUGACGUAAAAGCUGCAAGGGGAAGCCGAAGUGCAAUCUUGAUUAUCAAGCAGUGCCCAUUCACACAUUCACACAAGACAAGUCUUGAAAACAGCUCCCAAAGAUGUCCGCAAAGAUGGAUCCCCAAGAUCCCGCUAGCUUCACGCACAAGUUCUCUAGGGUGAACGGAAUCAGAUAUCACUAUGUCGACGAGGGCACGGGCCCCGUGCUGUUCCUAUGCCAUGGUUUCCCGGAUUUAUGGUUUGGAUGGAGAUACCAGAUCCCGUACUUGGUGAAGAAAGGUUAUCGCGUCAUCGUGCCGGAUUUGCGGGGCUUCGGGGACACGGACUCGCCAAAGGCUGCUCCAGGGGACGACGAAGCUUUGAAGCAAUAUGGGUUCAAAAAUCUGUGCAAAGAUAUGGCGGAGCUCUUGGACCAUGUAGCUGGGAAAGGUUCGAAGGCUACGUUCAUCGGGCAUGACUGGGGCGCAGCGCUUGUUUGGAGGAUGUGCCUGUGGUACCCCGAACGGGUUCUCAACGUUGCGGCCAUCUGCGUGCCAUACGCCCCACCAAACGAUGAGUUUGUGAGCAUUGAGCAGCUCGUCAAAUUGCGACCACAGUUCAAAUAUCAGAUCUGGUUCAAGCAGCCCAGCACUGACGCGGUACUGGACGCUCAUACCUCAUUGAUCCUGCGAUCAGUCUAUCGAGGCGCUGGAGAAAUGAGUUUGAUCGUCAUGCCGUCGAUCGACAAACUUCCCAAAGACAUCCGGCUGAGUCCAAAGCUCAAGAUGUCACCCAAAGAUAUGGAGUACUACGUGCAGCAGUACAAGAAGUCCGGAUUCCAUGGGCCGUUGAACUUUUACCGGACGCGCAAGAUCAAUUUCGAGGAUGAGAAGGGGUUGCCGAAGGAUUUGAAGCUCAACGCGAUGCUGGUGUAUGCCUCGGACGACCCAGCGUUCCCAGAGAAGCAAAUCAAGACGACCUCUCCCAACAUCAAAAACUUUGAAACACACCGAGUCGAAGCCGGACAUUUCGUUCAAGUGGAAGGGACAGAUCAUUUGAACGCCAUUCUCGGCGAUUGGCUAGACCGAGCCUAUAGUAGCAAGCAGAGUAAACUGUAGAUCUAGAGUUAGAAGUGGGAUAGAGCCGGCGACUGCGAGUUACCGUAUGGUCUUGGCGUAAACACAAGUGCGUAAUCAGGACAAGAAUUGUGUAAAGGACUUUUAAAUGGAU